AUGAGCAGACACCAAGCAAGGGGGCAAGCAAGCAGCAGCCGCGCAACACCGGGAGCGUUUGGUUCGGGAUUCGGUGGAGGAUUUGGAUCAGCCACACCAUUCGGCGCCGCUUCGUCGCCGCUAUCAUAUAUCGCGGAACCGCCAGAUCUCUCCUCCGUCUCAGAUCCAAACAUCGUCGUAGUCUUCAAGAACCUCGCGAAGAAGGACAGCACAACGAAGGCAAAGGCUCUGGAAGAACUACAAGCGUAUGUCUCUUCAUCCGGCGCUGAUUUGGAGGAAGCGGUCUUGGAGGCUUGGACGAGUAUCUACCCACGCACAUCGAUAGAUAGCUCUCGCCGAGUUCGUCAACUGGCGCAUGCUGUGCAAGGUCAGAUCUCGGCAUCAUGCGGAAAACGAACUGCCAAACACAUGCCCAAAAUAAUCGGCGCGUGGUACUCUGGCUUGUUUGACAACGACCGCGCCGCCGCCAGAUCGGCCAGUGAGGCAUUGGAGAAGGUCUUCGCAUCGCCAGAGAAGAUACGAAAUCUACGAAAAGCUUACCAGCGGCCCAUUCUAGAAUUCUGCCGAGAUGUGAUAGACAAGGAGUCGGCAGAGACACUGAGCGACGAGCGAACAACAAGCCCGGACGACGCGAAUGCGAAGUACAGUCGGGUUAUAGCUUCAAGUCUGUUAUCCAUCAGCAGUCUUCUCGCGAAUUUAGAAGCCGAGGACAUCGCCAAAGAGCAAAGUUACUACGAAGAAUUGAUACAAGACGAAAAGCUUUGGAAGCUGGCAUGUUUUGACGAUGCAGCAGUCAGAAGAGCUACGCAUCGCCUGCUUAAAACUUGCAUCUCCCGGCAACGGAAGGCCGUAGAAGCUAGCUUAGAUGUUAUCAGCUCGGCCUAUCUGUCUCACGCCUUGAACUCGGAUCAGACUGGCUCCUCGUAUGAAUACUCUUCUGCAGUAGUAGAACUAACGAAAGCCUCACCUACCGUUUGGACACAGCAUUAUCAGGGCAAGAAACCACCGCAACAGCGCCUUAAACAGUUCCUGAAGCGGGGUUCGCAAUUGGGUCCGGACAAGUUUUGGACGAAUGUCGUUGACCUUUUUGCUAGCAUACCCAGAUCCGUUCUGCCAACUCAACUAUCCGAGUCCGUGGAGUUGCUCAGUGCGUGCCACAGCGGAAUCCAGAAGAAGGAUGAGCCAAGAGCAAACCAGGGAGCCGCAUGGAAAGCCUACAUUGACGUUGCUACAAUCAUAGCAAAGUCGCUGUCUGAAGACGAUCAGAAGGAUCUCUUUCGCCAAACCGUCUUGCCAAUCAUCCGCUGCUACUUCAGACCUGCUCCUGAGGAUGCUCAUUGGGCUGUACCCGCCGCUCACGCCACUAAGAUCGCGGCCCAAGCCAUCAAAGCCGAACCUAUGCCUUCGCUUCUGAAAGACGAAUGGACUAAGAUGUCUGAGUCGCUUGUGGAAGACAUGAGAACAUCUCUGCCGGAGCAGUCAAAAGACUACGACAAGAACCAGACAUCAAUCGAAGCUGAAGGCGUACGAUGGGCAUCAUUGCAGGCCCAGGCACUACAAGGAGAUGAUUCGGAAGCGAGUCGCGCUUCUCUGCUGCGGACGAACUUAUAUAUCGUGGAGGAAGCACUUAGCGUCUUGAAAACAAGGAACGGCAAACCAUAUGGUGCAGCUGGCGUUGUGGACGCCAUCAUUCGCGGUGUUGGAAGGACAUUUAUCGGCUAUCCAGACGCCAGCGAAGUGCUAUCGUUCUUCGCCAUUAACGACCUCCCCGAACUCCUUUUGUCUCCUUCCUACAAACAACUAGCCUCUAUCCUUUACUCGUUCUAUGAUCAAGAGUGGUUCCAAGAAGCAUGGCAAGCGACUCUCAAAUCCGUACUCAACGCUCCUGAUUCGGCGCUGAAAGAGUCUGCGCUAGAAGAACUGCUGGCUUCGAAAAACGUGCCAAAGGAUUUUGACGUAGCCGCCCGAAAUCCAGAUCUGCAAGCAUUCAUCAAAAGGAGAUCCGAGAUGGCCAUUGGAGGAGCCGCUGACUGGAAGUUCCCCUUACGCAUCCUGCAAAAUUCAACUCAAGUCCUGUCCGCAAACACUACAGGCGAGAUACUAGCAAGCAUGAUCCGCUCGUUGUCCCUUGAGGACAAAGCGUCAAAUGCCUUGCACGGAUUCCAACAGAUGACCAAGCACAGUCCGGAGAUCAUACGCAGGAUCGCCCCAACUGCAGAAGGUGCGAAACUUGUUCAGGGCCUACUCUAUCUUACAGAAUCGCCAGAUGAUGAGGUGGCCAAAGAGGCUUCAGAGGUGCACGCCUCGAUACAAGUGGUCCUAUCCGCGGAUACAACUAGCACUUCGUCGAAGCAAUCUAUGUUUGCUGUAAUUCAAAGUGGUCUGCACGAAGCAUCUGCUACUUCGGUGUCCGUAGGCACCCUCGUUGAUUUGGCGCGGAAGUUACUGCAGGACUCUUCCGUUGACCGCGUUGAGAUGCUUCAGCAAUUGCUGCCCGAUGCUCCAGCAUGGGUAUCGGCACUGGCACCUUUCUUUGAUACUCCUCCACGGGUAUCACUCGCGAUCACUAGCCCACUUGGAGGUGCGGUCUAUCUUGUGGACCGCAAAAAUGCUCCCUCCACCAAGGAGUUAGAGAUCGCAAGGGAUGCCGAAGGCUAUUCAGUCGCUCUUCGAAUGGCACAAUACAUCACAGAGCUCCUGGACACGGACACUGAAGGGUUAGUAUCAGAAGAGAAGCGGCAAGAGAUCUACUACUAUGUUUCGCUCAUCGCGCAUCUCGGGAACGACAAUCUUGGUCUUGCCGGUGCAAACGACCUAUGGUCAAUCUACUCGCCGGAGGUGGAAACAGAGAUGAUGAGCUUCUUACUUAGGGCCACGUCCUUGGUUAGCCGCUGGCUGCCUGAGAUUUCCGCACCAGUCAUUAAGCGCUUCGAGAAGGCUGCUGCAGGCACCUCGUCGCGGGCGUACUACAACGCGCUGGCAUAUUCUAUCGCCUGUGCGGGGGUUGUUGACUCGCAAGGCUGGCAAAUUCAACGGAACGACGAGCUUGAGACAACGAUCAGAAGUUUACGGAGAACAAAAGACGUGUUAUUCGCUACCGCUUUCCUAACAGGAUACCAAACGCCUCUAUCAUCCAACAAGACAGCCAUGAGAUUUUGCAACGAAUUGGUAGCGGACUUGACGGGCCUCAACAUCAGCAAAAGCCCGGACGAGGGGCUUCGACAAUUGGUCUUCCUGAACGCCAUCAUACAGAAUGUAGAGAACGCCGCAGAGAGCAUAGCCAAGCAGCGCCUGGUGUUCUUCGUCAAGCACGUGAUUCCCUGGCUACAGGACGAUGAAACCACCGACUCCAUCCAAGCGGAGGUCUGCCGCGCGCUCGUAGUGCUUCUGCCUCUUAUGAGGGACAUCUAUGGGCCAUACUGGGCUGAUCUACUCGGCUGGUGCACGGCUGUCUGGACCGAGGAACAGCUCACCGACAAAUCCAACACCGUCAUUGAAGGAGUCAUCCCAGUUAUCCACGCAUCGCUGAGGCUCUUCUCUACGCUCCGAAUACUCAAAGCCGACGAAGAUGCGAACGACGACUUGGUGGACGCUUGGAAGGAAGCCGCGGAGGGUACUGCAAAGGGCCUGGUUCACCUCCUUCGAGAGGCACAAAACUACCCAGACGAGUUCCAUCAGCCCUUAAAAAUCGUCAAUGAGCUUGUCGCCCGCCAGAUGUCGAAGAUACCCCUUGAGCAUCUGAAAGAUACCGGCGACCUCUUCUCGCUGCUGUACGUCGCAUCACGCUCGGUGCAGCAGACCGCCUUUGAAAUUCUUCAUAAGCAGAUACCGGCGGCUCAGGAGCAGGUAUCCUUCGACGUUGCGCUGGAGAAGAAGAGCGCGCGGCUGCCGGAGGAGCUGAUGUCCCUCAUCCUGGAAGCACCCACCUUAAACGCACUUGCAGACGCCAGCUUCGAGCGGACGAUGCCGUUGCCGUUGAGGGGCUACCUCCUCAGCUGGAUCUUAGUGUUCGAUCACUUCCAGAACGCAUCCUAUAAGGUACGAGAGGACUACGUCGAGAACAUCAAAGACGGCGACUACGUAGCUGGCUUGCUGGACUUCAUGUCUGAUUUCCUUGGUCACGCCAAGGGCAAGCCGGUCGAUGUGUCAAAGUUCGACAUCACUACCUACAGGCCCGAUGAGGAGAGUCCGGAGAAGGACACGCAGUGGCUGCUGACUCAUCUGUACUACCUCUGCCUAAAGCACCUCCCGGCCCUGACCAAAGUCUGGUGGAUAGAUUGCAAGUCACGGCAGAAAGUCCUUGCCGUCGAGACAUGGACAGAAAAGUUCAUCUCGCCUAUCAUCAUCACUGAUGCGUUGAAGAGCGUAAGCGACUGGGCGGCAUCGGAAGAGGAGUCAUCAGAAGAAGCCCUCAAGGUCAAGGUCAAUCAACGGGCCAAGGAAAUCACGGCGUCUUACGAGGUUGACGAGCAGACAAUGGCGAUUAUCGUCCGGCUGCCUGGUAACUACCCGCUGCGACAGGCCGUCGUCGAGGGUUUGAACCGUGUCGCCGUUGAUGAAAGGAAGUGGCAGAGUUGGUUGAGGAGUACACAGGGCGUCAUCACUUUUUCGAACAACAACAUCGUCGACGGCCUCAUCGCAUGGCGGAAGAAUGUUGUGGGCGCGCUGAAGGGCCAGACCGAGUGCGCGAUCUGCUACUCCAUUAUCAGCGGCGAUAAACAGCUCCCGAACAAGCGCUGCAGCACGUGCAAGAACCUGUUCCACACCAGCUGCUUGUAUAAGUGGUUCAAGACGAGCAAUGCGUCGACAUGUCCGCUGUGCAGGAAUACGUUCACCUAUGGUUAG